UAAGAAUUCAAUAUAGAUGACUAACAUCGUCCAGUUGAUUCUGCGAGGUUCGCGAAUUCGAGCCGCGUGUCGAGAUCGACUGAGCACCGACUCAUCUCCUAUCUGUUGCUGUCUUUAAUAGUCAUAUUCCCAUAUAAGAACUCUCGAAUCCACUACAGGUACGCAGAGACUGAAGGAUAAGACUGAUCAGGAUCAAGCCUGUUAACCAGAAUCAAAAAUCACAGAAGAUAGAGACAAUGGCCGCGAUUGUUAGCGACGAUAUCAUGGACGAAGCGCUCGCGCCCACUCUUCAGAACAUCCUUGAUCAGAAAACGCUGCGAUGGAUUUUCGUCGGUGGUAAAGGAGGUGUGGGAAAGACCACCACGUCCUGCUCGCUUGCUGUCCAGAUGGCGAAAGUGAGGAGGAGUGUGCUGCUAAUCAGUACAGAUCCUGCACACAAUCUGUCUGACGCGUUUGGCCAGCAGUUCAGCAAGGAUGCUGAGAAGGUGAACAAUGUUGACAAUCUGUGGGCCAUGGAAAUCAACCCAAACGGCUCUAUCCAGGAGAUGAUUGAUCAAUCCGCAGCUUCAAACAGUAACAACGGCAUGUCCAACAUGAUGCAAGACCUCGCCUUCUCCAUACCCGGUGUAGACGAAGCCAUGUCCUUUGCAGAGGUUCUCAAGCAAGUCAAGUCAACAGACUUUGAGGUCAUCAUCUUCGACACCGCACCAACCGGCCACACUCUCCGUUUCCUCUCCUUCCCUACCGUACUUGAAAAGGCUUUGGCCAAGGUCUCCGAGCUAAGUGGCCGAUUUGGCCCAAUGCUGAACGGUCUCCUUGGCCAGCAGGGGAUGAGUGGUCCAGAUGGCGAUAUGUUUGCCAAGCUUGAGAGCAUGCGCCAGACAAUCACAGAGGUUAACGAGCAAUUCAAAAAUCCUGAUUUGACCACCUUCGUCGCAGUCUGCAUUCCUGAGUUCUUGUCCCUGUACGAGACCGAGCGGAUGAUUCAGGAUCUGGCGGGAUUCCAUAUCGAUAUUCACUGCAUCGUGGUGAACCAGAUGCUCUUCCCCGGAAAGAAUUCGACUUGCCCACAAUGCAACGCUCGAUACAAGAUGCAGCAAAAAUACGCCGAACAGAUCAACGAGCUAUAUGAGGACUUCCACGUAGUCAAGAUGCCACUACUGACCGAGGAAGUUCGAGGCGCGGAAAGAAUCAAGGAAUUCUCAAAGAUGUUGAUCGAGCCUUAUGUUCCCCCCGAGUAGUCUCAGAGAUCUGCCGUAUUCAUGGUUCUGCAUUUGUAUCGAUAUGUUAACGUUUUAGUACCAUUAAUCCCCCACUACUUCCUUCUGAAAUUAUUUUAUUCUUCAUGUAUAUCUUACCACAGAUAGAGGAGUAGUUUGU